AUGCAUCAGCAACUAAGACAGCCAGCCGUGUCCGCGGUUACUACGACCGCGCGCGAAAAAAGACCACUUGUGAUCCGAGACCCGACAACCAAAACAAUUGUCCGUCUUUCAGAAGACUUAGAGAAAACAAACGUCCCAGACGGCGUACCUCCUGCGCCAGUGGCGCCGGAGGAGUCACCCCCAACUAAAAACACCGGCGAUCACACUGUUGAAAGGUCUCCGCCCGUACCCAAGCCUCUGAUUCCGUUGGAAGAAUUACAGGAUAUUGUGGCCAAAGUAGAUCCGGUGGUCAAAGAGGAGACUGUCCCCGAGGUUUCAGUUCAAGUCGAAAGUGAACCCGAAGUUCAGCAAAAUGAUUUGGGUCAACGAGCGUCGGACACGGAUGCUGUUGCCGUUGAGUCGAAGGUAGCCCAACUACUGGGCGAGGCAACGGAUGUCGAGUCUAGUGCUGUAAGCGACGAAGGAGAAGAGGAUGAUCUUACUCGAAGAGUUUACAGUCGAGCAUUUCUUCUCAAAUGCAAAGAAUCCCCUAUUACCAAGUAUCCCCCAGAGGAUUUCAGAAAUCGUAACAUGAAUCGACCGGCCCAACGUGUUAUUAGACUUAAUACUACGAUAACCGUGAAACGAGUGGAAGGCGCUUUUGUACCCUCAAGACUUCAGAAAAAGGAAGCUGAUGGAACCGGUCAUAAACAGCUAUCCACCGAGUUGAAUGUGAUACUCAAUCGCUUAUCAGAUGCGAACCUUACAGAAACCAUUGCUGAUGUUCGUAAACUUACCUUCAGUUCUCCGGACGAUUUGCAGCUUUUAGCCAAACUGAUAUUCCAGAAGUUUAAUGUUCAAGGUUCAGAUAAUCUCGAAGUCAUGGUUAUACAACAAACUCAAGAGCUCUUUAAUACACCCUUAGAUACCCUGAUUGCUGAGCUAAAUGCAAACAUUGAUUCGAAAAUUGAAACGGCUAAAGACGAAUCGAUCAAGAAAAUCCUGCGCGAGAAUCGGGAAACAAAUAUACUAAAGAGGACUGAAGCAUAUUACGGAAAUAUUGCUUUCCUGGCCGAACUCUUUCUAUGCCGGCUGUUUUCACCAAAAUCAAUGUUACAGUGCCUGCGGAAGCUAAAGGAUUCUGCAGCUCCCGAAUCUCUGACUUCAUUAAUCACUCUCCUGCAAACGUGUGGACCUGAAUUGGAACAGCAGUCCAAAAACCAACUAGAUGAAUGCUUUGCCAAAUUAAAUUCUGUCUUAAAAUCGGACAAAAUUCCUGCUCAUCAGUUGUAUAAAAUUCAAGAAUUGAUUGAGUUACGUGCCCGUGGUUGGAAGAAAUUAGAUCCAACUCAAAUGGCUCCCAGUCCAGCCGAGGCUCUCUCUCGGCGCAGCACUGAUGAAAAAAUGCGCCGGCCUCACUUGCCGACAGCAAUGGAAGCUAAACGAAAACCGGCCCAAUCCGUCAAUCCUUUGAUGCCCUCUAGCCUGGCAGUCACUCAACAGCCAUACGAUUCAAGAAAACUGGGGCCAGCCUUUGCGAAUUGGUGUCAGGGCAGCGGGAAAAUUUCAAAAACUCCGGCAGAAGACGGUUCCCACGCUGGUGAAGCGGGGCUGCUUUCCGGGGCGACAAAUCGAUCACGAGAGGCGUCACCAAGAGUCGGUGGACUCCAGGGUGCUUGGGCAGCCCGUGCAUCGAAUAAUGCAAAGCCUCGUGAGGAUUAUUCCGUGGUACUAGAACGAAAUCGCUGUAAGGCUAGAAAAAUUGUGGAUGAGCUUCGUAAUGGUGAAGAAGACAGCGGGUCCGUCCUCCAAGAAUUGCCAGAAAUGGACCGUUGUGCUGUGUUGCAUGCGUUACUCGAACUGUCCAUGGAUAACGAUGAAAGGUUGAGGGACUCUAUCGGAAAACUGCUUGCGGAGCUUCUUAUGAAGAACCAAAUAUCCCUCUCCUUCCUAGAGACUGGGUGCAAGAUGUUCUUCGAGAAAUGUGAUGAGGACUUUCUGGAGGACUAUCCUAAAGGUUGGGAGUAUAUUGCUCAAAUAUUGCAGCAUUUGAUAAAGUCAGACGGAGACCACUUCGCAGCAGUUUUGUCCAUUCUGAAGCAUUUGCAAUCUGAUGGGCGCGGAGCAACCGUUUUGGCGCAUUGUCUCCGUUUGAGUGCGAAACGAAUGGGUGAAGAGAACCUCGCAGCGAAAUGGCGGGCUCGUAGGCUCGACUGGAAGAAUCUGGGUGUUCAAGGUGAUGUCGGGGCAUUCAUCGAGAAGCAUAUGAUCACUUUCACUAUUUCUCCAAAUGCCAGUGAACGCAUGAAACAAUUGGCUGAGCUGUGCAAAAAUUCAUCGACUGCAAUGGAAGAGAUCAUGGCGUUUUUCAAGCAGUUUUCCACCGUGCCGCCCAAUUUUGUACGGUCUUGUGUGGAGACCAUGAUCUCAAACUCUACUGACCAUCCUCAGGUCGGUCGAUGA